UCACAUGCAUAAUCGUCUGGUCGUUUCCGUUUUAAGAUUAUUCGUACAAUUAUCUAGUGCAGGGAGUGAGAAAAUGGAGGCCAGCGAGAUCAAAUCCAUAGAGAUCAGCCUUAGCUAUAAUCUGACAGCGGCAAACUACGUGAGCAAGAUCGACAUGAUGCGUCAGGAGAACGCAGCGACUUGGUGUCGCAAUCGUCCUGUACUCCCCACUGUAGUCGACGAAAAGGAUCCUGGUUGGGUGAAGAAGCUCACUUGGUACGACAUUGUACUGGUUUUCAAUGAUGGGAAGAGUAGGGUCAGGCUGAGGAUCCGACGUGACCAUCUCUACUUACAGGGCUUUAGCCUGAACAACGACGGUAAAUGGUUCGAGCUGGGAAAUAAGCACCUGAUCGCUGAAGACUCAACACUUCUUGGUUACGGGCAUAACUACAAUGACCUGUUACGCGUAGCUGGCAUCGAGACAACAGCAGGUCUCACCGGAGUCACCUUUGGGCGACAGAAUCUCAUGAACGCGGCACAAUGGCUUCAAAACCCACCAAACGACAAGAAAAGACCCGAAGCGCUGCUCAUUGUGAUUGGCAUGUUCUGUGAGUCUUCAAAACCCACCAAACGACAAGAAAAGACCCGAAGCGCUGCUCAUUGUGAUUGGCAUGUUCUGUGA